CUCUUGUAUGAAAAACUCUCCUCACUCCUCGUUCUCUACUCUUCACACACAUACAAUACAAGGUUCCCUCAUUACCAUCAGAGCCAACUCUAUCCACUGCGUAAAACCCACCUUUCAGUCAUUACUGUUGCAACGACAACCGGUUUUAUCCUGUCUGUCUACCUCAAUUUCCAACACAAACGACUAGACCUCAGAAAUGUGUGAUCAACCGUGAUGUGCCAUAGAGCUCUUGUGUUGGGACGUAAGUAUUCCAAACCCGAAUCUCUGCGCAACGAGCACAAAGAUGCACUUUGGGGGAAGGACUUUUGGUUAGAUGUGAAAUUUUUCUCUGUCUCUAGAGUGUACUUUAAGACUCAGGGUGUGUGUCGACUUCAACAGUGUCAAGUGGAGUAGAACUUUUUUUUUUGGUUGGGUUCGGUCUGGGAAUUUGGCAAGAUCUUGGAGAUUUUGUGAAGUGUAAAUCUGUGAGGGUGUUCUGGAUUGUGGGAUGGUGAUUUAACUUGUUGCUUCAGGAAUGGGGGUUUAUUAACUUAUUCGAAUCUCCGGGAGUAGAUCGAGCAUAAGCUUAUGAGUAGGCUUGGUAUAGUCUACCGUUUGGGGUUGAGGAACACUGAGGUGGAGAGUUGGACUACCGGUAUGAUAAAUAUGAUAUCCCAAGUUUUGUCACCACAUUUUUGUUUGGUUGCUCCCCUACACUCUCGUCCCAGCUGCCAGUAGAACUCCUCCCCGGAACUUUCUUACUUCUUCCUUCUCUUCCCCCCCCCCCCGAUCGAAACAACAAGCAAGUCAGAGGGCAGGCAGAGCACCGUCCACCCCCGAGCUCCACCAUUAAUCAAUACUUUUUCCUUAUUCCCCAUUUUUAUUCUAAAGGCUCUGAACUAGCUGUUCAAAGGAUAGCAAUUCUUUCUUAAAACGGGGAACGUAAAGGGAAGGGGAAAGCAGAAGAAAAAAACAUAGUCGAUUUUGACUAUUUAUAUCCUGCCCCUUGUUCUGUCUUGUGUAUGGUUAACAGCAGAGAAAUAACUUUGGGCAAACUCCUUCUACGGCGUCACGGCUUCAAUCACCUCUCACUCUCUUUCUAUUUCAACCGUUACACGUCCGCUUUUUUGCCCUCCCAUCCCAUCGUUUCCGUUUCUGUAUCACCUGCAUCGAUCUUCUGUGUUUAUCCACCCAGAUCCACCUCCGGCACCCUUUGUCAUUGAAUCUGCCAGCGCGAGACAGGUCAGGUGCCGCAGCGGAGCGAGCCUCCAACAGACGAGUUCCUGCAAGAUGACGGCAGGCGAUAACGGGAAUACCGCUAAUAGCUGUGGGAGUGGCAAUAAUGGGAGUAGUAGCAGCAGCGGUUGUGGAAGUGGUAGCAAUAGCAGUGGUAAUGUUGGUGGACACCGUGACGGUUUACGCAACUUAGUGGAAGGCCUCACGCUAUCACCAGUUACUUCUCCUAUCUCGCCCACAUCCCCAUCAUCGGCUCCACCCUUCAACCACCCUUCACAAUCGAUCUUUAAUAAUCCCGGCAUCGGAUCCUCCGCACCUUCUUUGUUGGCCGUCCCAUACAGCAACGCCGGUGCUCGCCUCCACUCGUUCACUUCUCGACCUCUGAGUUAUGGUGGUGGAAGUGGGAGUGCUCUGACCGUUGCGAGCUCGAACGUUAAGGCAACUGCUGUAGCUGGGGGCUCGAGUGGGAGCAAUGGCCAUGGGGCUGGUUCUGAUCCUGCUGUGAAGGAGGUGGACGAUCCGACAACCCCCGUGAGUCAUUUAGACAAGGCUGCUGCGCUGAAUACCUUCUCGAGGCUCCUUGCGACGCCAGCCUCGCAGACUGCGUUCAGUCGGAGUGGAAGGAAUUGUAGCUAUCGAGGUUCUGAUUCGGUCAAGUUGGAAGACUUCCUCUACACUCGUGGUUUCCUGGAAGGGGCUUGCAGUGAUGUCACCAUCAUCACUUUUGGCUCUCGAUAUUGCCUGCAUCGACUUAUUCUGGACCGAUCGCCUUUCUUCUCAUCAUGUUUCAACGGCGGGCCUUGGCUAGAAUCUACCUCAUCGGAGAUCUCAUUGUCUCCAUCAGAUCCUAAUAUCACUCAACAUGCGUUUGAACUUGCCCUAGGAAGGUUGUACGGUCAUGUUGACAGGGUCGAGGAGGACCGUCAUGCGCUCCCAUUAUUGGCUGCGGCGAGCUAUUUAGAUCUCCAGGACCUUGCGGAAUCUUGUGCCAGUUCCUUGCUCAGGAACCUCGGAACAAGUAAUAUCUCUACCGUCGUUAGAUUUGUCACAAACAGCUAUUACGGUCCGCUCACAGAUAGACUAAUGGAGAGUGCUAAAGCCAUGCUAUAUCGAGAUGGGUGGGAGAUGAGCUUUGAGGAGUGGGAGGGGAUCAGUGGCGAGGUUGCGGCUGAGAUCAUUGGAUAUGAUGGGUUUUACGUUCCUAGUGAGUGGUUGAGAUACUGCUUCGCGAAGGAUAUGAUUGACUGGCGGAUUUGCCAUUCCUUGUCGUAUAAUCGUGCAACUCAUGAGGGUUGUUCUUUGGAUGACGAGGAUUACGAUGCGGAUGGAGCUUCGGCUUUUGACGAUGAAGAGACUGACGUUAAGCCCUUGAGAGAACUCUUGGAGAAUGGCAUCUACUAUAUCCAUAUGUCUUUCGAGGAGUUACAAAAGAUAGAAAUGGACCGAGAUGUUCUCGGAAGAAGGACGGUUGCUCAGGACACUAUCAGAGAAGCACUCUGGAACCAGAUGCAAUUGAGGCAGAAAGUUAUGAAUGUUCCAUUGAAUAGUCCUGAUCUUGGCAUUACCGAGACGGAGACCGUGCGCCAACCCACUCCUCUAGGGAGAAAGAGUUCUCAGAGAUUGCCGACUCCAAGGUUUGGCGAGAAGCUGGGCGAACCUGGAUCCGGGCGCGCAACUCCAACGCGACAAGAUGAUGGAGAUGAUGGGCCUGACGGGCCUGAUACGCCAACUACCAUACGCGGGCGCCAGACUAAGCGCAAGUAUUAUAUUCCUACCGAGGAUACGACCACGGUUAUUGGAGAUUGUCAAGAUACUCCUCAACACCUUGCUGUUUCUCAUCCAGUGCAUCGAGCUUCUGCUUCUAGGGCUUCUGAAUGCCAGGCAGGCGCGGAGCGGACCGGGGGUGGUGAAGAAAGGGAUUCGUCUAUCCCGUUCGAAGAGUUGAGGUACUCCGAGUUUCCACCAUUCAGAUUUUCGGCAGAGUUUAAGAGCGUUAGAAGUCUCAAAGAGAAGAAGAGAGUGUACUCGAAGACGGUAUUUUAUGCUGGAAGUCACUGGAACAUUUAUAUCCAAAAAGUCCGCAGUAAGAACCUUCAACUCGGUGUCUACCUCCACCGAGCCAAGGACAGGGAGACUGCAGGUGGAAGCCAUGGUAGCUCAUCCGCCUCGCGAGAUUCUGAAAAUAUUGGCCAGGUAAUUACUGUGGACGAAAAGAUCGGCACUCUUGAGUUGCAUACUCGCAACACGAGUCAUCCGACCGAGGGCCUUGGGGAUGUGACUGUUACCACCGAUGGAGAUAUCACAACAUCAGCCUUUACCGACGGAAAUGUGUCGGGGAGACCCGGUGCCAAUACUAGUGCUACCAGGUCUGCCAUGCCUCAGCCCUCGCCUCCCGAGGUCGGUGUACCAGCAAUUCCGUAUUACAUCGAUUCCAGGCCUAUGAUCCAGACGUACUUCAAGAUAUUUAGUCCUAGUAGAAAGGGCAAAGUUUUAAGUAUGUUUUCUUCCGGGCCCGAUAGUUUUAAUUUCUCGCAGAGUUGGGGGUGGAAGAGCAGCAGUUUGAUACUAGAAGAGGGGAUGAUCGGAGGGGACGUGGAUAAAGAUGCCAGACUCAGAUUCAUGGUUGUUCUCGGUAAUGUUUAAACGACAGGAUUGUUUAAUUAAUGUUAUUCCAAUUCUUACGAAACUGUAAUUUUCUACAGACAUUCUUUUGUUUUACAUAGUUUUUUUUUUUUUAAUACAGGUUGGCGCAUUUCUUGGGCUUUUUGAUGUCUUCUUCAUUAUUCUCUCCUUAUAUCUCGAUUCUGUUGACUUUGUAGUGACCAUUUUGUUUUUAUUUCAUUCCAUUCCGUGGCCGGUAAACUAGCAGAAGGGUGAAUUUAAUUAUUCCGCGAAGGAGGGGAGUGAAUCACUUGAA